AUGUGCCUCUCGUGCAAGCGCCUGGAUACCUGCAAACAGAGGCUGCUCCAGCCCCGGCAGCUCGUGGGCCUCGGCCGCCGGCUCCCCCACUUUCUUCCUCACCACCCAGGACCCUCCACGAGGCGCCUCUGCUUUCUGCUCCUGGCCUCUCCUGCAUCCUCUUUGCUCAGUUUGCCUCAGGACUCCCCAGGUGCCCUGGAGGUGACUGUGCACCCGAGGAGGGGGAGGCACAAAGAGCAGCUGUUCCUGGAGGAGCAGCUAUUCCCCACCCCUGGUGGGCGAACAGUGCUGGAAACCCAGACGAGCCCCAGCGACACACACGUGCACGCACUGCACCUUCUCCUGAUGGAACGAGAGUCACCUGUCAAAGGGUGCUUAUCACGCUGGAAUGGCAAGUUGUUUGUCAGCCUGAAUCUAUUUCAAGAAUCAGUGACGUUUGAAGAUGUAGCAAUCAACUUCACCCAGGAAGAGUGGGCCCUGCUGGACACAUCCCAGAAAACCCUGUUCAGAAAUGUGAUGCUGGAAAAUAUCACCCACCUGGUCUCCGUAGGGUAUCAGAUCAGCAAAUCAGAUGUGAUUUUCCAGCUAGAACAAGGAAAAGAGCUGUGGAGUGAAGCAACAGGAUGCCUCCAAGGCCAGAGUCCAGAUGGUGAAAGUCCGCUUAGACAACAAGAAAUGAUAUUCAUGCAAAGUGUCUACAGGAAGCACAUAUCUGCCACCAUGCCAAUGGAUCACAUUCACACUAGAGGUAAAUCAUGUGAAUGUCCUCUGUGUGGGAAAGCCUUUAGUAAUUCCUCUAGACUCCGAAGACACAAGAUGAUUCAUACUGGAGAGAAACCAUAUAAAUGUCAUCUCUGUGGAAGUGGCUUUUUGCAAAGUUCUGACCUUAGAAAUCACAAGCGGAUCCACACUGGAGAGAAACCAUAUAAAUGUCAUGUGUGUGGGAAAGUCUUCAGUCACAGUUCCUACCUGAAAGAACAUGAGAAAACUCACACAGGAGAGAAGCCAUAUAAAUGCCAUCUAUAGAAGCACUAUGAAUGUCAUCAGUGUGGGAAAGCCUUUAGUCAGAGCUCUGGACUUAGUCAGCACAAGAGAAUCCACACUGGAGAGAAACCACACGUAUGCCUUCUGUGUGGUAAGGCCUUCAGUCAGAGUUCUGAAUUGACUCGGCACAAAAGGACCCACACAGGAGAGAAACCCUAUAAAUGUCAGCAGUGCCCUGCUGGUGACACAGCUCUGAUCUUCAGCUUCACUGGCCAGGUUUCCCAGAUUGCCACCAACCUGCUCAGGCAAGGUCAUGAGGAAGUCUCAAAGACAUCUAUCUAG